UGGUACAUUGCCUUCUAGAUAGAGCGAAGAUAUUUCUCGAUCGCUCAAGUAGCACAAGACACUUUGACACUCCUCUUCGGCUCUGGGCAAAGAAGAAGAGUUGUUUAGAUAGUGUCAAACGCAACCUGAACGCGCAUGCAUCGCAUUGCAUGAUUGCAUCAUGGUACACAGUACACAGUACACUAGCUAGCUACACUCCAGACAUCGCUUGUGAUUGUGAGAGGAGGCGUCGUCAUCAUCAUCAUGGAGACGAAUUCGAAGCGGGUGGCCAUCGUGGGCGCCGGCGUGAGCGGCCUGGCGGCGUGCAAGCACCUGCUGGAGCGCGGCUUCAACAGCCCGGUGCCGGUCGUCUUCGAGUCCGGCGCCGUCGUGGGCGGCGUGUGGGCGCGCGUGCCGGACAGCACGGCGCUGCAGACGCCGCGGCCGAUGUACCAGUACUCCGACUUCCCCUGGCCGGACACCGUCACCGACGUGUUCCCCGGCCACCGCCAGGUCAUGGCCUACCUGGACGCCUACGCGCGCCGCUUCGGCGUCAUGGACUGCGUCCGCUUCCGCCGCCGCGUGCUCGGGAUGGAGUACCACGGCGUCGACGAGGACGACGUGGCCAAGUGGGAGGAGUGGAGCGGCAACGGCGAGGCGUUCGGGUCCGGCGCCGGCGAGUGGCACCUCAAGGUGGCCGACGCCGAGGGGCGCGUUGAGACACACAAGGCAGACUUUGUAAUUCUCUGUAUUGGGAGGUUCAGUGGUGUACCCAACACACCUACAUUCCCUCCAGGCAAAGGUCCAGAAGCAUUUGAUGGGCAGGUGAUUCACUCCAUGGACUACGCUAAGAUGGGCACCAAGAAAACCAAGGAGAUGAUCAAAGGCAAGCGUGUGACUGUUGUCGGCUACCUGAAAUCAGCAAUUGACAUUGCUGCUGAAUGCGCUGAAGUAAAUGGCACUGAUCAUCCUUGUACAAUGGUUGUCCGAACAAAACAUUGGAUCAUACAGGACUACUUUGCUUGGGGAGUCCACAUAUCGCUGUUAUACCUAAAUCGCUUUGCAGAACUACUGAUUCACAAACCUGGUGAAGGCUUUCUCCUUUGGCUCUUGGCCACCCUGUUGGCUCCAUUGAGAUGGCUAUUUUCGAAGUUUGCUGAGAGCUACUACUCCAUCCCAAUGAAAAAGUAUGACAUGGUGCCUGACCACAGCCUGUUUCAAGCACUAGCUACAUGUUUGGUUGCUAUAGAGCCCAAGGGAUUUUAUAAGAGGCUGGAAGAAGGCAGCAUAGUUCUGAAGAAAUCAAAGACGUUUACCUUCUGCAAGGAUGGUGUUGUUGUGGAAGGUGAAGAAUUAUCGCCGAUAAAGAGCGAUAUAGUGAUCUACGGAACCGGGUUCAGAGGUGAUCUGAAGAUCAAGGACAUGUUCACCUCAGAAUACUUCCGCAGCAUUGCAGUUGGAUCAACAUGCACAACUGUGCCUCUCUACAGGGAGUGCAUACACCCAAAGAUACCGCAGCUUGCGGUUCUAGGCUAUUCAGAGAGCAUUGCAAACUUGUACACCUCAGAGCUCAGAGCCAAGUGGCUGGCCCAUUUCAUGGAUGGUGGCUUCAGGUUACCAAAUGUUACUGCAAUGCAGAAGGAUAUCCUUGAAUGGGAGAAGUGCAUGAAAAGAUAUGCUGGUAGGUACUUUCGCAGGUCCUGUAUCGGACUCCUUCACAUCUGGUACAAUGAUCAGCUGUGCCGCGAUAUGGGAUGUGAUCCAAGAAGGAAGAAGGGCUUUCUCCAGGAAUUAUUCGGAAUCUAUGGCCCUGGUGAUUAUGCUGAUCUUCACCCCAAGAAAGACUAGACGUUUGGCGGCUUGAUUUCCUGAGGCAGUCGUUAUCUAGAAGUUCUUCACUGAUUUGAGUAUUAUACAUGCUGAAUAAAGUUGGUACUGUGCCUAUAUUGGAUAAUCCUACAACGUUCACAGCUCCUGUUUUAAUUUGCUUCUGGAUCGAGAGUUUCUGUAUUACAUUUUCUUUAGAGGAAUCUGUAUCAUUUCUUGCUGCGUCCUUA